GCACCUUGUCAUGUGACUGGGCACCGUGUCAGAGGGGUCAUGUGACCUGGAGGCUAAAUUUAUCGGCAGGUCUGAGGUCAGAUUUCAGCUGAAGAGACGCAGCGUGGAGGACGGCCGCUGCUGCGUUCACACAAGGAGGCUCAGAAGGAGGACCUGGCUGCAGCUCAGAGGUCAGAGGUCGUCCAACCUGCUCACCUGUGAACUGUGACAUCACACGGCUGACAGGAAGUGGUCAUCAUGGUGGGCGUGGUGGCGUGCAGUUCAGUGAGCUCCAUUAAAGCUCUGUGGGAGACGAGAAUCAGGAGGGUGCAGGAGGAGCAGCAGGAGGCGGAGGAGCAGAGGAAAAGGAAGGACAGGGGUGGGGCCACCAGCAGACUGAGUGUUGGUGUCUGGGAGGACCGCGCCGUCCUGGCUCGACUCCGACAGAAGCUGCAGACGGAGGACGGACGACUCGUCCUCCGCAUCGAGCAGGAGGAGUGGAAGACGCUGCCCGGCUGCCUGCUGCAGCUCAGUCAGGUCCAGGAGUGGCAGAUCCACCGGACCGGACUCCAGAAGAUCCCCCCCUUCAUCUCCAGCUUCCAGAACCUUCUAGUACUGGACCUGUCGCGGAACGGCGUCUCCGAGAUCCCCAAACAGAUCGGGAAGCUGACCCGGCUCAGGGAGCUCCUGCUGAGCUACAACAGAGUCCAGUUUGUCCCUGAGGAGCUGAGCUCCUGUGAGAGUCUGGAGAGACUGGAGCUGGCAAUGAACCGGGACCUGAACCAGCUCCCAGAUCAGCUGAGGAACCUGAAGAAGCUGCAGCACCUGGAUCUGUCCAUGAACGACUUCACCUGCGUCCCGGAUUGCGUGGUGGCGCUGCCGGCGCUCGAGUGGCUUGACAUGGGAGGAAACCAGCUGGAGCACUUACCUGAGGACAUCCACAGGAUGGAGACGCUGCACACGCUGUGGCUGCAGAGGAACCAGCUGGAGAGACUCCCAGACAACAUCAGCAGGAUGAAGAGUCUGGACACGCUGGUCCUCAGCAGCAACAAGCUCCGAGACAUCCCCCCACUGAUGGAGGACAUGUCCAACCUCAGCAGGUUUGUGAACUUCAGGGACAACCCUCUGACUCUGGACGUGGCGCUGCCCAGCAGGAGGACAGAGACUGGCGCUGAGGACGAAGAAGACGAAGAGGACGACAGAGAGAUGUUUGGACGAGAGUUCAUGAACUUUUACAUCCAGGAGGCCAGAAAGAGAGCGCACGCCAUCCUCAACGUGCACAGAGUCAACCAGCCAAACGAGGACUAAGAUAGCGAGCGGCUUUUCGUCUCUUCUCCCUCUGACGGCAGCGUCUCCUGAAGGACGCCGUCUGUGUUCAUGUUUGUGUUUGUGGAGCUGAAAUAACUUUAUUAAACAUGUUGUGUGUCAGAAUUUAGUUUUAAAUAAAGUUUUCAGACAGACUGAA